UCCGAGAGGGAAAAUAUCUUUAGGGUUUCAGAAAGAUAGAAAACUAGCACAAAACCCUAAUCUCAAAGCAAAUAACCUUACAUUGUCCCCCUUGUUCUCUCUCUAGACUCUUUUGUGUUUGCGUUUUAAGGGAUUGCAGGUUCUGGUCAGCCAUGGCGACAGCUUGCACGGUGAAAGAUGUUUCUCCUCACGAGUUUAUUCCUACCUACGCUGCACAUCUCAAGCGAUCCGGAAAGAUUGAAUUGGCACACUGGACGGAUAUUGUAAAGACAGCCACAUUUAAGGAACUUGCGCCCUAUGAUUCUGAUUGGUACUAUGUUAGAGCAGCAUCGAUGGCAAGGAAAAUCUAUUUGAACCAAGGAAUUGGAGUUGGGGCUUUCCGAAAGAUAUAUGGUGGCCGUAGAAGGAAUGGUGUGGCUCCACCACAUUUUUGUAAAAGCAGUGGGUCAAUUGCUCGACACAUACUCCAGCAAUUGGAAAAAAUUGGCAUUGUUGAGAUUGAUGCUAAUGGUGGAAGACGCAUAACUUCCAACGGCCAAAGGGAUCUUGAUCAGGUUGCUGGUCGGAUUGCAGUUGCUGCACCUUGAGCAUUAUGUGAUUGGAUUUGUGUUUUUCACAAAGCAAUUUCAGUUUUGUUCAUGUUUGGUUGAAUUUUAAACAGAUCUUACUAGGUUUCUUAGGCUUAUACAGUGUAUUGCGGAAGUGCCUCAUGGAGCAAUGGUUUGAGAAAAUUGGGUUGCAGUUUAAAUGUGGUUUUGUUUCAGGAAUGCUCUGGAUAAGAUUAUUUUAAUUUGCAUGAAGAGGAGCUUUGUUAUGUCAUUUAUCAGUUAUCACCUUAACGAUGCUAGUUAAUGCUAUUUUUAAAUUUUGGGGUUGCUUGGCA